UUCGACCAUGAAGAAGCAGAGACAGAACAACUAGCAGAGCAUGAAGAACCUAAACCAGCAGAACCUGGGCCUGCAGAAUUUGAACUAUUAGAGCCUGAACCAGCAGAGCCUGAGCCAGUAGAGCCUGCACACGCAGAUUCUGAACCAGCAGAGCCUGAAGCAGCAGAUCCUGAAGCAGCAGAGCCUGAACCAGCAGAGCCUGAAGCAGCAGAAAGAGAACUAACAGGGCCUGAACCAGCAGAGCCUGGAGAGCCUGAACCAGCAGAGCCUGAGCUAGUAGAAGAGCCUGAACCAUUAGAGCCUGAAGAAGCUGAGACAGAACAACUAGCAGAGCAUGAGGAACCUAAACCAGCAGAACCUGGGCCUGCAGAAUCUGAACCAGCUGAGCCUGAACCAGCAGAACCUAAACUAUUAGAGCCUGAACCAGCAGAGCCUGAGCCAGUAGGGCCUGCACCUGCAGAUUCUGAACCAGCAGAGCCUGAAGCAGCAGAUCCUGAGAUAGCAGAGCCGGGGGAGCCUGAACCAGCAGAGCCUGAACCAGCAGAACCUGAACCAGUAGAGUCUGAACCAGCAGCACCGGAAGAAUCUGAACCAGCAGAGCCUGAACCAGAAGAGCCUGAACUGGUAGAGCCUGAACCAGGAGAGUCUGGUCCAGCAGCAUCAGAAGAACCUGAUCCAGCAGAACCUGAGCCAGUAGACGAGCCUGAACCAGCAGAGCCUGAACCAGCAGAGCCGGAACUUUCAGGAGAGUCUGAGCUAGUAGAGCCUGAAACAGAAGUGCCUGAGCCAGUAGAGCCUGCACACGCAAAUUCUGAACCAGCAGAGGCUGAAGCAGCAGAUCCUGAAAUAGCAGAGCCUGGGGAGCCUGAACCAGCAGAACCUGAACCAGGAGAGCCUGAACCAGUAGAGUCUGAACCAGCAGCACCGGACAAAUCUGAUCCAGCAGAGCCUGAGCUAGUAGAAGAGCCUGAACCAUUCGACCAUGAAGAAGCAGAGACAGAACAACUAGCAGAGCAUGAAGAACCUAAACCAGCAGAACCUGGGCCUGCAGAAUUUGAACCAGAAGAGCCUGAACCAGGAGAGUCUGGACCAUCAGCACUGGAAGAACCUGAUCCAGCAAAGCCGGAGCCAGUAGAAGAGCCUGAACCAGCAGAGCCUGAACCUCCAGGAGAGUCUGGGCUAGUGGAGCCUGAAACAGAAGCGCCUGAACCAGCAGAGCCUGAGCCAGAAGAGCCUGCACACGCAGAUUCUGAACCAGCAGAGCCUGAAGCAGCAGAUCCUGAAAUAGCAGUGCCUGAACCAGAAAAGCCUGAACCAGCAGAACCUGAACUAGGAGAGCUUGAACCAGAAGAGCCUGAACCAGGAGAGCCUGAACCAGAAGAGCCUGAACCAGAAGAGCCUGAACCGGAAGAGCCUGGACCAGGAGAGUCUGGACCAGCAGCACUGGAAGAACCUGAUCCAGUAGAGCCUGAGCCAGUAGAAAAGCCUGAAACAGCAGAGCCUGAACCAGUAAAGUCUGAACAUUCAGGGAAGACAGCACCAGCAGAGCCUGAUCCUGCACUGCCUGAACCCACAAAGCCUGAGCCAGCAGAACCUGAACCAGCAGAGAGAGAACCAACAGAGCAUGAAGAAACAGAACUAGCAGGGCCUGAACCAGCAGAGCCUGGAGAGCCUGAACCAGCAGAGCCUGAGCUAGUAGAAGAACCUGAACCAUUAGAGCCUGAGGCUACAGAGCCUGAACUAGCAGAGCCUGAAGAAGCAGAGACAGAACAACUAGCAGAGCAUGAAGAACCUAAACCAGCAGAACCUGGGCCGGCAGAAUCUGAACCAACUAAGCCUGAACCCGCAGAACCUAAACUAUUAGAGCCUGAACCAGUAGAGCCUGCGCCCGCAGAUUCUGAACCAGCAGAGCCUGAAGCAGCAGAUCCUGAACCAGCAGAGCCUGAAGCAGCAGAUCCUGAAACAGCAGAGCCUGGGGAGCCUGAACCAGCAGAGCCUGAACCAGCAGAAUAUGUUGAGCCUGAACCAGGAGAGCCUGAACCAGGAGAGCCUGAACCAGCAGAGCCUGAACCAGUAGAGUCUGAACAUUCAGGGAAGACAGACCCAGCAGAGCCUGAUCCUGCAGAACCUGAACCAGCAGAAAGAGAACUAGCAGGGCCUGAACCAGCAGAGCCUGGAGAGCCUGAACCAGCAGAGCCUGAGCUAGUAGAGCCUGAAACAGAAGUGCCUGAGCCAGUAGAGCCUGCACACGCAGAUUCUGAACCAGCAGAGCCUGAAGCAGCAGAUCCUGAAAUAGCAGAGCCUGGGGAGCCUGAACCAGCAGAGCCUGGACCAGGAGAGUCUGGACCAGCAGCACUGGAAGAACCUGAUCCAGUAGAGCCUGAGCCAGUAGAAAAGCCUGAAACAGCAGAGCCUGAACCAUUAGAGCCUGAGGCUACAGAGCCUGAACCAGUAGAGCCUGAAGAAGCAGAGACAGAACAACUAGCAGAGCAUGAAGAACCUAAACCAGCAGAACCUGGGCCGGCAGAAUCUGAACCAACUGAGCCUGAACCCGCAGAACCUAAACUAUUAGAGCCUGAACCAGUAGAGCCUGCGCCCGCAGAUUCUGAACCAGCAGAGCCUGAAGCAGCAGAUCCUGAAGCAGCAGAGCCUGAACCAGCAGAGCCUGAAGCAGCAGAUCCUGAAACAGCAGAGCCUGGGGAGCCUGAACCAGCAGAGCCUGAACCAGCAGAAUAUGUUGAGCCUGAACCAGGAGAGCCUGAACCAGCAGAGCCUGAACCAGUAGAGCCGGAAACUUCAGGAGAGUCUGAGCUAGUAGAGCCUGAAACAGAAGCGCCUGAACCAGCAGAGCCUGAGCCAGUAGAGCCUGAACACGAAGAUUCUGAACCAGCAGAGCCUGAAGCAGCAGAUCCUGGGAGCCUGAACCAGCAGAGCCUGAACCAGCAGAACCUGAACCAGGAGAGCCUGAACCAGAAGAGCCUGAACUGGUAG